CGAUACGGCGCGGCGGCAGGGGCAGUGCGCCUGUGCGGCCCCGGCAUCCCGAUGGAGCACGGCGUCGACUGCGGGGCGGCAGCCGGGACGGAGGGGUCUACGCGGGCCCCCCCGCUUCCCGGGAAGAUGGCCGAACCGGGCGCGGUGCGGACCUCGCCGCCCAACCACCGGCCUUCAGGCAUGGAUGGAUUUUUAAAAUCUGAUGAGAGACAACGACUAGCUAAAGAAAGACGAGAAGAAAGAGAAAAAUGUCUUGCUGCCCGGGAGCAGCAGAUCCUGGAGAAACAGAAGAGAGCCAAGCUCCAGUACGAAAAGCAAAUUGAGGAGAGGUGGCGGAAGCUGGAAGAGCAGCGGCAGCGAGAGGCGCAGAAGAGGGCCGCCGUGGAGGAGAAGAGGAAGCAGAAGCUCCGGGAGGAGGAGGAGCGGCUGGAGGCGAUGAUGCGCAGGUCCCUGGAGCGCACACAGCAGCUGGAGCUGAAGAAGAAGUGCUCGUGGGGAGCAUCACUGGCCGCAGGGCCCGGAGGACGCGAUGGUGAAUCAGGAAAUACCCCACCCCCUCCUCUAGGUUUAGCAGCCAGCACCCUCCCUCCGGACCCAGGGACCACUGCCGCCGCUGCUGAGUCCACCAACGCAUGUGACAAACUUUCAACAUCAGCCAUGAAUUUGCCAAAGCAGACGGAGCCUCCCAUGAGUAAGCGCCUGUCUUCAUCCACCGCGACAAUGUCCUAUUCCCCAGACCGAGUAUCCCAUGCCUGUCCUCGUGUAGCUCCUGCUGGCCCCCUUAAAUCUUCCUACAAGUCUUCUCCCACUCGAAAUGCCGAGAAGAAGAAGAUGACAUCUACAUCUGGCGUAGGAGAUGCUGGGAAAGGAGCCCCUGCAGGAGCGGAGGCCUCUCCGACGGAGAAGAUGAAGAGGGGGCCAAAAACAACAACUUCCGUUCCCAGCGUGGGCCUCAUGUCCCCUCUGAGAAGAUGCGAUUUUCCAGCAGGCGUUUCUAAGAGGUCGUCUUCUCCUGUGACACCCAAGGCAACUUCAAAAGCAUAUCCGCAGUCUCCAAAGAACGUGAAGCCGCCAUACCCAGGGUCUCCGGUGAAGUACCGCCUCCCUGCCUUUUCCGGCCAGGAAACACCCAAGAAGAAAGCAGAGAAAGAGAAGAGCAACAAGGAAAGGGAGGGCUCCCUGGCUCAGCAGGCAGCCGGCCCACCUGGGGAGGAGGCCCCAGAGAAGCACGUGGCAGACAGGCACGCCACCGAGAAGCAUGAGGCCGCAGCAGGGAAGGCCGAGGGCGGUGGAGCCUCGUGGAAGCCCACAGCGGGCACCACUGAUGCAGGAGAGGCCACAAAGAUGCUGGCCGAAAAGAGACGACAGGCCCGGCUGCAGAAGGAACAGGAGCAGCAAGAACGUCUGGAGAAGGAAGAGCAAGACAGGCUGGAGAGAGAGGAAUUGCAAAGAAAGGCAGAGGGGGAAAGACUUCGCCUAGAAGAAGCAGCCCGUAAGCAGGAAGAGGAAAAGAAGCGGCAGGAGGAAGAAGAGAAAAGGAAGGCGGCAGAGGAGGCCAAGCGGAGGGCCAAGGAGGAGCUGCUGUUGAAAGAAGAGCAAGAAAAGGAAAAGCAAGAAAAAGAAAAGCAGGAAAAGGCCAUGAUUGAAAAGCAGAAGGAAGCAGCAGAAGCAAAGGCCCAGGAGGCAGCUAAACAGAUGCGUCUAGAAAGAGAGCAGAUCAUGCUGCAGAUUGAACAGGAGCGACUGGAGAGGAAGAAGAGAAUAGAUGAAAUUAUGAAGAGAACAAGGAAGAGUGAUGUGUCUCUGGAAGUGAAGAAAGAAGACCCGAAAGUGGAGCUUCAGCCUGCUGUGUGUGUGGAAAAUAAGACAAAACCAGUUGUCCCCAACAAAAUAGAAAUCAAUGGCUUGAACACCUGCCAGGAAGUUAAUGGUGUGGAACGUGCUGCCCCAGAGACUUUCCCCCAAGAUGUUUUCACUAAUGGACUUAAACCAGUUGGGGGACUUGUUCACCUGGACGCCCUUGAUGGGAAAUCAAACAGUCUGGAUGAUUCAACCGAAGAAGUUCAGUCUAUGGAUGUGAGUCCUGUUUCAAAAGAAGAGCUUAUCUCUAUCCCAGAAUUUUCACCAGUGAGUGAAAUGAUUCCUGGGGUAUCUCUGGACCAAAAUGGAACUGGUAAUGCCCGAGCACUUCAAGAUCUCUUAGAUUUCACUGGCCCCCCCAUUUUCCCCAAGAGAUCCAGUGAAAAUCUCAGCCUGGAUGACUGUAACAAAAACCUGAUCGAAGGAUUUAACAGUCCUGGCCAAGAAAAUACUCUGAACACCUUCUGUUGACAAAUACAACAUCUCUUUAAUGAAAGGUGGCGUUUGGAGAACCCAUGAAGCUGCUGGUAGUCAAAUCUGAGCUGCCGGCCCUCUGAAGAAGCUUCUGUCGUCCUUAACCGCUGGAUUCCAAACUAUUAAAUCAAAAUGUAACUGUAUUCCUACUUAGUAUGUCAAACGCUGGCCACUCUCAGUAGAUCCUUGAGACGUUGGCCUUGUCGGGCUUUAGCAGAGUUCCAUGUUACAUUUCUAUUUAUGAGCUUCAGCUGCUGAUAAAGCACUUCCUGUACUCUUAUUAGCAUAGUGAUCCUCUGAAUAACCCGUGUGAUUUCGGCUUGGAAAGUCACCUUAGAACCAUUCUUAUCCCCAGACUUGGAGCAUAUAAACAUUUAGAUGUCUUUUCUUGUAAAUAUUCUAGACAUUUACCCAGACUCUACUUAAACAUAUACUGAAAACUUGGGUUGCAUAUCUCCCUGUCUGUGUUUAGAAGGAGAAGAAAUUCUGGAACAUUUCCCCCAUCUCUGGGGUUUCUUUGUUGGAAGUUACUAUCAAGAAGCCGUGUUUUAUUAUUAAACUUAGCCACCUGCAAAAUGUGUUGCCCCCCAUUGCUCCUUGGGCGGCUAGUGGAGUGAGUCUGGCUGAGUAAGGGAGCCACUGAACAGCGUGGAAGGCCGUCUGCUCCAUUAGGCAUAUUCCUCCAGACUUGGGCAUCUGAAUCUCCAAGGACCUUUUCAUGUUGUACCUGAAAUCCUCCAAGCUGUAGUCACUCCAGACCCUCAAGUGGCUUCUGGACUGAAUGAAUCGUGCACCUCCUGCCCAGGUGGUUGCUUUUCAUGUUGUAGCUGUUGUUUUUCUCUUGGGUCUUGGGGCUUUUGUUUGUUUGUUUACUCAACUCUAAUAAAACCAGGUACAAAUGAAAAGCAUAGUGCUCUGAGACAGGGGCCCCUGAACUGGACCUAAUAUGUCACUUUAACAGGCUUGAACAUAAAAACAUCUGGGCGGGGGACAAAUGACGGUAGAAUGUAUACUUUACACGUUUUGUGCCAUAUAAUAAUGUGUUUUCUUCAUUUCUUGUGGUGAAAUGUGACUUUCAGAUUAAAAUAACCUUUUCUUCUUUGAAACCUUUUUUUUUGUCUUGUACAAUAAAGAGUUUGGAAAGAUCCAUAAUUCUGACUGAGGUUUGCAACCAGGAGAUACAAAAAAGUCUCCAAAGUAAUCUUGUUAUGUGCUCUUAAAACCAGCUACAGUGUAAGACUGUAUUAGGUAUGGAAACUGUGUACGUCUGUGUAUGUGUAUAUACUAAAUAAAAUACAUGCCUCCAAUAAUACAGAUCUUGACGAGUAUCGGGGGAAAAUCCCUUCUAUGACAAGCACAUAGAAAAUGAUAGCAUGGUCUGACUUUCCAAAAAACGCCUUGCCAUCUUUCUUAUAGCCCUGUUUUGCUAAAUGUCUGUUUUCUUGCAAUCUGUUGUACCUCACAGCACCAUUGUGAUCCCGGUGAUGCCUCAUUUGCACGAUGUGUACCUUGUGUUACCGUGAAAUACAUUUUCAUUGAAGAGUC